ACCAUCGAGUCGGUGUCUGUGGAUGAGAACGAAAUCGAGUAUCCCGAUGGGGGUAUCAAGGCAUACACUGUGCUGUUUGGCGCAUUUCUAGGAUUCACCGUCAAUUUCGGGCUUAUCAACUCUGUUGGAGCGGUGCAGUCGUAUUUGAAUAAUCACCAGUUGCAGAACGUGUCGUCUUCCAUCUCGUCGCUUAUUUUCUCCAUCUUUUUGUGCAUCAGCUAUGUUGCCGGCAUUUUUUCUGGCGUGCUGUUUGACGAGUUCGGCAGCCGCAUCCCCAUGGCUACUGGGACCGUCCUGCUUUUUUUAGGGCUUUUUCUGACAGGCGAAUGCGAGUCGGUGGCUGCGUUUGUGCUCGUGUUUGGAGUCAUUUCCGGUACGUCGCUCGGGUUUUUGAUGUCGCCGCUUGGAGGAGUGGUGUCGCACUAUUUCAUGAAAAAACGGGCCCGUGCAUUUGCAAUAGCCACCCUCGGCGGGUCCGUGGGCGGCGUGGUGUUCCCGCUGAUUCUCAACAAGCUGUACACGACAGUCGGCUUCAAGUGGACCAUGCGAAUUCUUGCGUUUAUCUGUUCUGGCCUGCUGGUCGUCUCGUUUACCCUGAGUAAAGAAAGACUGAGGCCCGAGUCGCCGUUCGCAGACACACAACUUCCGUUCGGAAAAAAGCUCAAGCUCGUGCUCAAGAAUGUCUACUUUAUGAGCAAGCGGUCGAUCGACUUCAAGGCCCUCAAAGACCCAAAGUUUCUAUUUUGCACUCUUGGCGGAGCAUUUACCGAAGUGUCGCUCGUGUGCUCUUUGACUUAUUAUGCCUCCUUUAUCAUCUUCAUUGGCUACACGGAAACACAAGGAAACACGAUGCUGACCAUCGUCAACGCGGUGGGCGUGAUAGGCCGCUUCAUCCCGGGCGUCAUUGCCGACAAAAUCGGGCCAUUCAACGUGAUGAUCGUCAUGUCUGCCGGAAUUUCGCUCUCGGACCUCGCACUGUGGCUCGGCUACGCUACGACGUCGAAAAGCCUGGCCUCGCUGUACACGUUUGCGACGAUCUACGGCUUUUUCAGCUCCUCGGCACUCAGUCUGACCCCGGCCUGCUGUGCAGCCGUCUCGCCGACAAAAGACUUUGGCAAAAGAUACGCGACACUCUCGUUUGUGAUAGGGGUGCUGUUCUUGGGCGGGCUCACGGCAGGGGGUGCCAUCAUCGGCAAACAGUCGGUCGCAUCGUACCAGUACUUUGUCGCCUACACGGGGAUAUUGGCAGCAAUCGCCUGUGCCAUCUGGAUCACCGCCCGC